CAUAUAUUGUUGUAGGUUAUAAGUUGUAAGUUUAGUUGUGUAGGCAAGCAAAUGGCUGCUGAUGAACAUAUAUAGAUAUAGGCCAUAGGGUAUAAGGGGUAUAAGGGAGUAUAGUGAGUAUAGGUACAGCUUUUUUAUCUAAACCUUUAGCUCUUGAGUUAGUACAGUGCAAGUGUGGUGCGGUGAGUUGCGUUGAGUGCUGAAUGCUGAAUGUGUUGAUAAUGCAAAUGGCGUUAUUUUUCAGACUCUAAAAAUUAAUUUUAACGCUUAACGAUUAUAUUAUUUUUAUUUAUUUAUUUAUUUUUUUUUUAUUAAAAUAAAAUUAAUAGUUUAAAUAUUAUUUUAAUAAAUUUAAAUAAUUGUAUAUAGUUACAUAAAAACAAAGUUAUAUUUACAUGGUGUUGUUGAUUGACAAAUGGACAUGAUAAUAAUUAUUAUUUGAUAUGAGAUGAAUAAAAUUUAGACAAAGGAUGUCAUCGGAAAAUAAUAAAGCACAAAAACCUUGUGUUUUUUGCAAUGAUCCUGAAAAUAAUGAGAUAAAAUAUGGUAAAAUUUAUCAACACAAUGACAUCAUCACUCAUUAUUAUUGUCUGUUAUUGUCAUCAAAUAUGGAGCAAAACGGAAAAGAUGAACAAGGUAUACUUGGUUUUUUGCCAGAUGAUAUUCAUCGUGAAUUAAAUCGAGGAAGAAAGCUGUCAUGUUCGUUUUGUAAAAAAAAAGGUGCAACAUUGGGUUGCGUUGAAAAAAAAUGUAAAAAAGUAUUUCAUUUACCGUGUGGACUUGAAAAUAAUACACUUCAUCAAUUUUUUGAUCAAUUCAAGUCUUUUUGUAAAACUCAUCGACCCAAACAAAAAAUUGAUAUAAAUGUACGUAAUUCAACACCUGAAUGUACAAUGUGUUAUAUUUGUUAUGAUGUUGUAUCACGCGAAGAUAUAUAUAAAACAUUAUGGGCACCUUGUUGCAAAAAAAAUGCAUGGUUUCAUCGUGAUUGUGUUCAACAGUUGGCAUUAAGUGCUGGUUAUUUUUUUAAAUGUCCAUUAUGUAAUAACAAAAAAGAAUUUCAAACUGCCAUGCAAGAAUCUGGUAUAUUUGUUCCAAGUCAAGAUGCAUCAUGGGAAUUAGUACCAAAUGCAUUUCAUGAAUUACUUUAUCGACAUAAUAGAUGUGAUGCUAUUGAAUGUAAAUGUCCUUUGGGUAGAGAUCACAUUAGUACCAAUAACCCUGAAUGGGAAUUAAUUCUUUGUCGUACUUGCGGUUCACAAGGUACCCAUGUUACUUGUGGCAAACUCAAAUGGGCUAAAAUUUCAUGGGAUUGUAAUGAUUGUCUUUCAAUACUUUCGAAAAAUUUUAACGAAACAACAAGUAAUAAUGCCACUACUACUACUACUACUACUACUACUACCACUGUAACUACUAUUGAUUCUGAUAACGACGUUGAUAUUGAUGAGGAUGAUAUCGAUGACGAUGACGAUGACGAUGAUGAUGAUGAUGAUGAAGAUGAUGAUGAUGAAAAUGGUGAUUCAGAAUCAGAUAUUUCACUUGGCCAUAACUCAGCAUGUAAUUUAAUUAAUAAAAUAAAUAUUUCAUCGAUAAAUUUAAAACCAGGGCCUAGAUCUGCAAAGCUCAAACAACUUCAACAAUUAAAUAAUAUCUUAGAUGAACAACAAGCUAAUAAUUAUUUUCAACCAAAUGUUUCAAUAUCUAAAAAUCAAUCAAACAACACAAUAAAUAAUUUAAAACAUAGUCAAAAUUAUCAAAAAGAAAUAAAAGAAACUGAAAUAAAUAAUGAAAAAGAAAAAAAAAAGGUAGUGGAGGAAGAAGAAGAGGAAGAGGAAGUAUCUAUUUUAGAAGUUAAAAAAAUAGAAAAACCUCUUUCAAGAUUAACAACAAUAACUAAAAAAACAACAUCCGAUGUUCUAAAUUAUACUGAAAAUGCUAAUAUAGUUGAUGAAAUAUCCUUUAACUCAUCUGUUAAUAAAUAUCCAGAGUUAUCUAUUGAACGAACUAAAAAAUUAGGUUCAGAAACAACUUUAAGCCAACAACAAUCGCGAUCAGAUAACGAUAAUGUUUCGUCAAUUUUACCAUCUACUACUACUGCUGUUUCUAAUAUCGAUAUUACUACCCAUCAAAUACCAACUUCACCAAGUGCACUUGAAAAUAAUAAUAAUAAUAAUAAUAAUAAUAAUAACAGAGUAGUUGAAGAUGUUAUAAUAGUCGAAAGUGACGAUGAAAAUGAUCAAUUAUUAUUAACAUCAUCACCAUCAUUGCAGGUUCCAGUAGUUACUGUAGAAAAUACUUUAUCAUCAUUAGUAAAUAAACAAGUUGAUAAUCAACUUGACCAAUUUUCAAUACAAUCGAAAUUAGUUACAGCAACACAAUCACCUAAAAUAAAUAAUCAUGUUAUUAUAAACUCCGAAGAUUCUUUAAUGAAUAUUAAAAUAACAGGUGUAACUUCACUGCCUCCAGAAGUAUUCGCUCAAGUACCAGAUAUUUCAAACAACACAACAAAUAAAUUUAAUUCUAAUGAUUCGACAACUUUAAAUCUUACAGAAAAUUUAAUAAGUUGUUCUUCUUCUCCUCCUUCCACUUUUUCUUCAUCUUCUUCUGCUUCUUCUUCUGCUUUAUUCAAUGUAAAUAAUCAUUUUACUAGCACUGUCUUAACGGAUGUACCAGUAGCAUCUAUAUUUAACAAAAGAAAAGCUGAUUCUCCAUCAGUAGUAUCAAGAUUAGUAGAUAAAGUUAAUGAUGUUAUUGAUAAAAACAAUAAAGAAUUAAUGAAUGUAUCGUGUCCAAAAAAACUAAGACAAGAUUUAUCAUCCCAAAGAUAUUAUACUACUGCUAUAACUACUACCAUUAUUACUACUACUCCUCUUACUACAAAUACUUUUACAACUUGUAAAUCUUCAAAUUCAUCAAAUGUUGUACCAGAUAUUACUACUACCACCACAAAAUCGCAACAAAAUUAUUUUAAAAAUUAUUCAAAAUCAAUGAAUUCUGAUAUUUCUACGCCAAAUCAAUACAGAAAUGGUAUAUCUUUAGCUAAUUCAGCGGUAAUUAAAGUCUAUAAUCAGCAAUAUAUUAUUCCACUUGGUGAAACAACAGAUGAUAGUACACCUACAAUGUCAAUAACACCUGAACAAACGAUAAUGAGUCUCAAUGAUAUUUCAUCACAAUUAUCUGGACAACAAAUUAAUUCCGACGGGGAUGCAGGCUCCAAACCUGCUGGUGAACUCAUUGUAUCUCCAACCACACCAACGACAACAACACCAUCAUCACUACCAUCAUCAUCACCACCACCAACAUCAACAAGAACAACAAGAACAACAACAACAACAGCAACGGAUAUCAUCGUCAAAUCCAUACCAGAGUUACAUUCAUCAGCAACAGGGGCAAUCAGUACCACUGAGACAUCAACAGCAACGACAACAGCAACAACAACAACAUCAACAACAACAGCAACAACAACAGCCACAGCAACAGAAUCAGCUUUAUUCUCCUCCAUCGAGUUAUUACAAAAAUUACCAGGCCUGCCAAAGAUAUCAACAAAAUCCCCAGACGAUGAUCCAGGUGCAGCCAGAACAAGAAUUACGAUUCCACGAACAAGAAAACAUGAUCACACAAUCUCCGAUCAAACCAAUGACAACACCAGAAGUAAUAGACUUGGAUUAAUAAAACAGAAAGUAUCAUUACGUGAUUUAAAAUUUCGUGUAUGUUCUGGUAAUUCCAUUGAGAUAACUAUGUAUGAUAAUUAUAGAAUGAAUGUAAAUUUAGAUACAGCGAUAAAAUCUUCGAUUAAUGGUCAACGUUUACGUUCAGGGCGUAGUGGUGUGUGUCUUGUCAAGCCAAGGUCUUCGCGGGUUCGUGGACCUAAAUCAAAACGUAAAAGUCAUGAAGAUUGUUUAAAUUAUAAUUCAACAACUAAUAAAGAUGAUACUCCCACUGCAGUUAAUAAUAGUUUAACAUUAAGUAAAAAUGAUGGUAGUGCUUCCGAUGAAGAAAUAAGAGACAGUAAUAAUAUUUUAUUAUCAUUAAAUUCAACAACAACAUCAGUACCAGCAGCAUCUUAUUCUGCGAGUAACAAUAAUGAAUGCAAUUUAGUAAAUAAUAUAAAUUAUAACAAUCAAAGUCAUCAGAGAGACACAGCUAAAGAGAAUCUCGUACCUGAUAAAUUUUAUCAACAAUUCAAUAAUACUAGUGAUUCUCUGGCAAAACACGAUAAUAAUAAUGUUAAUAUUAAAAAAAGUCACGUUGAAUUCAUUCGACGUAAAUUACGAUCAUCAAAACAUCUUAGUGACAUUGAUGAAAAUUUUACAGACACAUCUUAUAAUAUUAAUAAUAAUAAUUCUAAUAAUAAUAAUAAUAAUAAUAAUAAUAAUAAUAAUAAUAAUAAUAAUAAUAAUAAUAAUGAUAACGAUGAUGAUGAUGGUAUACGUUGCCAUGUUAGUAUUGAUUUAAAUCGUAUUAAAUCGCUGAUUGAUUCAAAACCAAAUCUUUUUAUAAAAAAAACACGUAGUUGGGAUAAACUAAUAAAUUUAAAUGACAAUGAAUUAAAUUCUAAAUUUAAUAAUACAUUCAGUGAAAGAAACAGAGGUUUAAAACGUAGUUAUAGUUUUGAUAAUAUUCCAUCAUCAAAUCAUUAUAAAUUGAUAACUACUGCUAAUAAUACUGUUACAACACCAACACCAACAACAACAACAACAACAACGACAAUGACAAUGACUAAUUUAAGUGAUAAUAAUACGUUUUCAUCAGAAAUGAUGUUUAAUCCCCAACAAAGUAUAAAAAUAAAAAAACGACGACGAAGUUUUAAAAAAAGUAACCGAGUUAGGUAAAUAAAUAGAUAGUACUAUUAUUAUUAUUAUUAUUAUUAUUAUUAUAAUGUAUAUAAUAAAUAUUUCAUUUAAACGUAAAAAAACACAAUGUAUUCUAACGUUAUUUAUUCAAAUUUCUACUUUUGACGCUUUUUUUUUUAAUUUUAAAAUUUUUUUAUCAUUAUGGUGCCGUAUCGGUAAUAUAGAAAACUACAACAAUAACAAUGAUGAUGAUAUAGUAUAAGUAUAAUCGAACUGAAAACAUUCGAGAUGUGAAAUGUUCGAGAUUUUAUGAUCAUAAGUAUAAACAGUGUAAAUAUUAAAAAUGGCCGACUAUGUCAAUAAAUAAAUUUCAUCAUUUAUACGUAUAAUAAUAAUAUAAA